AGUGCUGCCUGAGGUCUCCGAGCGGCUCGCCAUGGCUGGGCCGCAGCAGCAGCAGCAACCCCCUUACCUGCACCUGGCGGAGCUGACGGCGUCCCAGUUCCUGGAGAUCUGGAAGCACUUUGACGCAGACGGAAAUGGGUAUAUUGAAGGUAAAGAGCUAGAAAACUUUUUCCAAGAACUGGAGAAGGCAAGAAAAGGCUCUGGCAUGAUGUCGAAGAGUGACAACCUUGGGGAGAAGAUGAAGGAAUUCAUGCAGAAGUAUGACAAGAACGCAGAUGGGAAAAUCGAGAUGGCAGAGCUGGCGCAGAUCUUGCCGACCGAGGAGAACUUCCUUCUGUGCUUCAGGCAGCAUGUGGGCUCCAGCACCGAGUUUAUGGAGGCUUGGCGGAAGUAUGACACAGACAGAAGCGGCUAUAUCGAAGCCAACGAACUCAAGGGAUUCCUGUCUGACCUGCUGAAGAAGGCGAACCGACCAUAUGAUGAACCUAAGCUCCAAGAGUACACCCAAACCAUACUACGGAUGUUUGACUUGAACGGGGACGGCAAACUGGGCCUCUCGGAGAUGUCGCGACUCUUGCCUGUACAGGAAAACUUCCUGCUUAAAUUUCAGGGCAUGAAGCUGACCUCGGAGGAGUUCAACGCAAUCUUCACAUUUUACGACAAGGAUGGAAGUGGCUACAUUGAUGAGAAUGAGCUGGACGCCCUCCUGAAGGAUUUGUAUGAGAAAAACAAGAAGGAAAUGAACAUCCAACAGCUCACCAGCUACAAAAAGAGCGUCAUGUCCUUGGCCGAGGCGGGGAGGCUCUACCGCAAGGACCUGGAGAUUGUCCUCUGCAGUGAGCCACCCAUGUAAAAGGGGGGAUGGGGGCUGCUUCUCCACCUCCCCUCAAACCUGCCCCUGCUGCCCUGCCACUUCCACCCAGACCCGGAGAUCCUGAGCACCCCUCCCACUGCCCCUGCCAUCUGCACACACGCCAGCCUGCAGAGCAGGAAAGAAGAGAUGGAGAAGGGGCUGCUGCCGGGCCCCCUGGAGCCCCCUCCAACCCAACCCUGGAUGACCAGUCACAGCGCUCUGCAUGCAGAGGGGCACCAACCGCACAGAAGGUGGGCGGGGCCACAGGUGGGGAGUCCCUCCUUCUCUUCGCUGUGAUGCAUGAGCUCAUUCGCUGUAUGAUUUAGGCUUCUAUGUCCAACAGAGUGCACCCUCCCCUCUGCCUCUCUCCCCCAUGCCGCCAGCCACCCCGAACCCCCAGGUUCCAUGCCCCGCCUCGCUGGUGGUGUAGCUGUCUUCUCAGAGCUCCUUGUUCGUGGCGGGCACCGGCCCUGUCCUUGACUCAGCGUGCUCCCUUUCCCUUUGGGUUUCUUGUUUACCAAAGAAGAGUUUACAGACAAUAAAAAGGAAAUGUUCUCCUGU